AUGCCAAAAAGACUCGAAAAGGCCGAGAGGGACCAAAUUGACACAGGAGCUCAGAGGAUUAUCAAUACAUGUUCACACCUUCUGAAAGAGUUCCGAAAUGAUAAUAGAAAACUGUCUGUCUCACAGCAAAUGAGAGAAUACAUGGAUGCUGUUAUUGACUUAAUAGAUGCAUAUCUAAAAGCUGUUUGCAAAAUACACAGUGAACUAAAAGCUUUGAGGGUGAAACGAGCCCUUGAUAUACGAAAACUGUCUCGUCUGGAACCUCCACAAGCCAAAUCUAUAAUUGUGAAUCCUUUUAUUAGUGAGAAGUCCUUUGACAGUGACGAAGAAGAUGAAAUUGAAACUGAAAGCUCACAGAUUGAAGAAAGUGAUUUGCCAAAGACUAAAAUGUCAUUGUCAGAAAGUGAAGUAGCAGUAAUGUCUGAUGAAGGAGAGUUAAGCGCUGAAGAGCUACAGAUGUUUGAAUCAGAGAAUAUACAACUCUUAAAUGAAUUGAACAGCAUGACCGAAGAAGUCAAGCAAAUCGAAAGCAAAGUACUACAUAUUGCAGAAUUGCAGGAAAUAUUUACAGAAAAGAUUCUACAGCAAGAACAAGACAUAGAUAGAAUAUCAAAUACUGUUGUAGGAGCUACAGAAAAUGUAAAAGAUGCAAAUGAACAAAUUAAGCAAGCUAUUCAAAGGAAUGCUGGACUAAGAGUUCGCCUAUGGUUUAUUCAUAAUGUUAUGAUGUUGCCCGCCAAGGAGCCUUUAUACGAUCUAGGAUAUGUUUUUGUUCGUGGGCAAUUGAAGCGAGCUGGAGGUAACCGUAAUGAACCUUUUCAUUACAACAUAAGCCCAGAUCCAGAGGAAUGUCGGAUCCAUUAUGAAAAAGUUGGAGCUGCUGUUGAAUUUUAUGUAUAUCACAUGCUGUAUUGUUGCUUGGAAAUGGAAAGCUUGUCGGUUCCUAAGGACCCAGCGGUCUCAAAGAAUUGGGUAUCGUGUUUGGCCCCUCUUGAUGCACCAAUAAAAACACCCGAUUUUGAUAUCACUCGGGUGUCAGCAGGGUAUGCUCGACAUGAGAUGAAUUUCAGCACUUGCUUGAACUCGGUGUUUGACUUUUUCGAGGAGAAGCGGCAG